GUAAUGGCCGAAGUCCCAGAAGAUUAUGAUUCUGACCAAGAUGAAACUCAACAGCCUAAAAGAACUAAAUCUCCAAGAUCUCGUAAAUUGCAUGCUUACAAAUCAGACACCGUGGUAGAGGUAACCCCUGAGAUGCUCCCGGAGAUCGACCGAGAGCCAGAGAAAUUUAAAACUGAGGAAGAUGACUUUGAAGUGGGGAAGCCAGGGAAUGCAGAAAACGUACUGCAAGAGUCAGCCAGGACGCCCGAAGAAGAAAUUCCCAAGGAGACCAACAUGGACCUACCUAGCCAAACUGAAGCAGAGAUAACGCAAGUGUUGAAGUUAGAGACAUCAUGGAAAGCAGAAAGAGAGGACUUGGAGGCACCAGUGGAUGAGAAACAUGAGGAGCCAAACCUACAACCACCAGACGUUUCAGUAGAUUUACUAUUCACAGAAGCACCUGCAGAAACAGACACACAACUACACACAACAGAAACCAAGACUCCAGUGGCUACGAGCAGUGAGAAAAUACUGACGUUACCAGAAGAGACUGGGCAGGAGGUUCCAAAGCAGUCUCGUAGUAAGGGAGAUGAAGAAAUAGGUCCAGAGCAAAACACAGUAGAUUUUCCAAGUGAAAAACCAAGAAAAUCGGUUGAAGAGGAAGAUCUACCUCCAUUAAAGAUGACCAACUCCGAAAUUACAAAGACACAAGAAGAGUCAGCUGAAGAGAAAAGUACAGAGCCAUCUGAGGUGAAUAAGCCAGAGUUUCCAGGCCAGACGCUAAGAAAAUCUGCCGAGGAAGUAGAUAUUAAGCCUCCAGAAGAGAUUCGAAUAAAGUCCAUAGAGCAGAUAGGCACAGAGCAGCAGCCUGAGCAGAUUAAGCCAAAAUUCCCAGGCCAGAAGCCAAAACAGUCAAUUGAAGAGAAAGUUCCAGAGCUACUGGAAAAACUCAAGCGAGAGUUUUCUGGGGAAGAAUCGAGAAAACCAAUUGUUGAAGCAAGGCUAGAGCUCUCAGAAAGGGCGACAUCAGAAGUUCCAAAGGAAACACAAGGUUCUAUUGAGGAAAAGAUUCCAGAGACACUGGAAGUGGCUGCUCUGGGACUCCCAGAAGAGAUAGAACCCGAUGUCCAGGGGGAGACACGGAAAAAGUCAGUUGAGGAGAAAGUUCCAGAGACAUCAGAGGAUAGGAAACCAGCAGGUCAAAAAGAAAAGCAGAGAAAAUCAAAUGAGAAGUCAGAAUCAAAGGGAACAUUAAUAGAGUCAAGUAAGAAGAAGGCUCCAGUGCUACAAGAACAGAUGGAUGCAGAUUUGCCAAAGAAGAAACUACAAAACUCAACUGAGGAAACAGGUCAAGGGCCACCACAGAUGACCAAACCAGAAGUGCAAGAGAAGUCACAACCAGCACCAACCAAGGAGCUAGAAUUAUCUAAUGAACCCAAACCAGGAAAGUCAGCUACAGAACUUCCCAAGGACCACAGGCCAGGACCAAGCAAACUUAAGUAUCCUGUAGGCAAGGAUGAGCUAGUAUUUCCCGAAUAUCACAAAAAGAUGGCAGAAAAAGAAACUAACAAGGCUAAAACUGAAAAUGAGUUCAUGGUAAGCUCUCCCAGAGAAAGUGUUGAAUCAGGCAGUACAGAUUAUGAACCUCACGAACUCCUCAAAGUGCUUCAGACUGAAAUCAAUGAAGUACAGCCAACUGAUCCUGCUUCAGAGUCUUGCAUAGAAUUGAGAGAUUCAAUUACUGAAAAGAAAGUUGUAGUUUUACCCCAGGGGUCAGAGAAUAAAACCAAGAUCAACAAAAGUGUGAGCCCACCAUUUGAACACCUUAAGUGGACCGCAGAGAAUGUUGCAGAGUGGAUUGGCGAGCUAGGCUUCCCUCAAUACAAGGAGUGUUUCACUGCAAACUUCAUCAAUGGUCCCAAACUCAUCUACGUGAACUGCUGCAACCUGCCUCAGAUGGGGAUAACUGAUUUCGAAGACAUGAAGACAAUAUCUCGUCAUACUCGAGAGCUUCUGGGAAUUGAAGAGCCGCUGUUCAGCCGCAGCAUCAGCCUUCCCUACAGGGACAACAUCGGCUUGUUCUUAGAGCAGAAAGGUCACAGUGGAGUCAACUCCGACUCCCUGACCUUGUCUGAGUUUGUUAAAGCGGCAGGGUUGCAGGAGUAUGAGCCGGAGUUGGACGCCAUGGAAAAGCAUGAGUCCUCACUGCCAGACAGCAGCCAGGAAGAAAACACAGAAGCAUUACUGCAAGACACCGGCUGUGGAAAAGAGUGGGCGCCGCUGGGCGAGGAGCAGCAGAAAAAACCUUUUCACCAAACUUGAAAUAUCAAACUAAAUUGGUUGGGGCAAAAGGUGUGGUCUUCCUCGGGUUUCUCCUCUUCAUCAACCAUGAGACUUAGGACUGCUAGCUCCAGGCUGACUCACAGCCUCUUCUCUCUGUUAAAGUGUACAAUAUUUAUCUUCCUACGUAAUUUUCAGAAUUUGUGUUGAAUUUGAAUACACCCAGUACUAAGAUUUAAUAGGGAAAUGACAACUGAAAAAAAAAAAAGUCUCUGCAAGUACAUACCUCGAAUCCUAGAACUAAGCUUGAGGAUCGUGAAUCUGAGGCCAGUCUGAGAUACGGAACAUGUCUCAGGAAGCCACAUAA